AGAUGCAGCCUGUCUGUCUAUCGCAUGACGAGUGACCCAGCUGCAGCAUAUCAGCGGGGAGAGGCUGGGAGCUGCGGUUUCAUUCGGGUUCGGCGAGGCGCGACAAAUGGCUGGCUGGGGGGGCUUCUUCUUUUCUCUCCUAAACUACAAGACAGAGAAAUAUGUCAUCGCCGAAAACAGGAAAAUCGGGAUAUUGUUUCGGCUCUAUCAGCUGGCCGUGCUCGGAUACAUAAUCGGGUGGGUAUUUGUGGUGAAGAAAGGGUACCAGGAGAGAGAGGAGGCAAUCCAGACUUCAGUCAUCACCAAGCUUAAAGGUGUCUCUCUGACCAACACCUCAGAGACAGGACCUUACCUGUGGAGUGCCGAGGAUUAUGUAAUACCUCCGAAUGGCGAGCAGGUGUUUUUUGUUGUAACAAAUUACAUAGAGACCCCAAAUCAGAGGCUGGGCUUCUGUGCUGAGAGUUUCAAGGUACCAGAUGGAGGGUGUCAGAGCGACGAUGACUGCCCUGAGGGGGAAAGUGUUAUAGCUGGGCACGGAAUAAAGACGGGCUUGUGCUUGAACAGCACGGGAACCUGUGAGAUUCAUGCCUGGUGUCCUGUUGAAUACAGCCAGAAGCCAACAGAGCCCUUACUGAGUGAAGCUGAAAACUUCACCAUCUACAUAAAGAACUUCAUCAGGUUCCCCAAGUUUGAAUUUUCAAAAUCAAAUGUCCUUGAAACGUCUGAUGAGAACUACUUAAAGAGAUGCUUCCACGAUAAAGAGAACCAUCCCUACUGCCCCAUCUUCCGACUCAGAGAUCUGGUCAGCAGAACCGGACAUGACUUCCGUGAAAUUGCUGUUAAGGGCGGCUCUAUUGGUAUCCUUAUCGAGUGGAACUGCGACCUGGAUAAGGACGCCUCAGAGUGUAAUCCACAGUACAGCUUCACCCGUUUGGACAUGAACUUGAACAACUCUGUUACAUCAGGUUACAACUUCAGAUAUGCAAGGUACUACAAAGAUCAAAACGGUGAAACUUAUCGCACACUGUACAAAGUGUAUGGAAUUCGAUUUGACAUCAUGAUCAAUGGACAGGCUGGGAAAUUCAACAUUGUUCCCACAAUAAUUGCAAUUGGCUCGGGUGUUGCUCUGAUGGGUAUAGGAGCCUUUGUAUGUGAUAUGAUACUACUGUACAUGAUGAACACAAGCUCCUUCUACCGAGAGAGAAAGUUUGAAAUAAUCAACUUUAAAAAAGAGAGAAGUAAACAGAAGGACGAGAAAGCAGGCAACCGGGAUAGGAAAUCCAGAAAAUCUGGCGUGAACGAAGAUGCUGCCAACUCCAUCAAAAAGCCAGAGGAAACCGAACUGACAGUGGAAUCUUUUCCUUCUGAGGAGAGUGAUGCAACUAUGAAGAUACGGGGUCCCACCGUACCACGCAACACAGGGCAGCGAUACUCUGCCGCCCUGUCUAAAAAAGCCGCAGCGCCAAAGCACCAUAUCACGUUCUCUUCACACAACUAGGAUUGCAGGCAACUGAAGACUAAUUGCCUACAGAUGUCUGUUUUACGCUGCAGGAAAUGGAUCCCAGUGUCAGACUGAUGUCUGCUGCUGGCCCGGUCACUGGUUGAGCUGUCUAAAGAUUUGUUGAUCGAGGGAAAUCGGUGUUCUGCAGUGCACAUGAGGGACCAGGGCAGGGAUAGAUGCAGGAAUGAGGCUAUGUCAGGUUUAUUAAUAGUUCUGUUCAAUGUCUGAGUUACAAUGAAAAUGUAAAUGGAUAUACUUCAGUCACUGAAUUUAAAUAUUAAUACUUAAAAAAAGAUUUAUACUUUGAGGGAGGUUUGUUGACUGUUUAUCAAACUAAAAUGACUGACAAGAAUAGUUAAACACACAGAUAUGGAUGUAACUUGUAAACAUGCAGACUGGUGAUGCGUAUGGAAGUGACUGGACUUGAAGGGAGCUGGCAUCUUUAGAACAGGUGCCAGAGGCCUCCGACAGUCAUUCAAGACGCCGAAGAUGCAGCUACAUGGUCAGCACCUAACAGAGUUCUCUAUGUGUUGCAGUUUGGAUUUCCACAACGAUGGGUUCAUCAUGUUUCUUUAUUCGGAGCAUACUCUUUACAUGGUGGUGGAUGCUGACAUGUGUGGGUGUUUGCUCAUGCCUUUUGUUUGCAAAAUUGGGUUGCUGCAACAUCUGGACACUCUGCAUUCUUGGCAGUUGCAUGAUACAACAAUCCAGCGUUGAGAAAACUCCUAAUGAAAACCCCUAUCAAAUGUCAUUGAGUACCAAUAAUGCAGGAAAGUCCAUAGUACUGCCCGGGGGGCAUUUGUGGCCCUCAGAAUAAUUAUGUACUGCCUCUGGAAAACAAUUCGAGAAUGGCACAAAUUUUGGUGUACCACCCAUCGGUUUUUUGUUUUUAAUUAGGGGGAAACUUUCCAAAAAACAAAGCACAAACUAUUAAUCUUUCAAUAUAAUUUCAUAAUGAAUAAGGCCACAAACAUCCAGUGACUUUAACUCAAAAGGAGACUCAGAUGAACCCAUCUAAUAAAACUUGGUGAAAUAAAGCAAGAAUUUCUGAAGAAAGAGUGAACUAUACCCUGGUACAGAGAAAACACAAAAAAUGUAGUUGAAGGAAAAAGAGUUGGGCCUUUAUUUUUUAAAAACAAACAUAUGAGACCAUUUCUCUGUUUUAAAACUGAAAUGAUUUAUAGCAAUCAGACUAAUUUGUUACCUUAAAAUAUUGUUUAAUCAUUGAGCAGGAAAAAAGACAUAUUACAAAAAAAAACAAAUUUUACUACGUUCAACUUGACCAAAAAGUUUGGACACCUCUGCCUGUAAACCACCAUCCAUCUCGACGUCUUCUGGUGCCGGUUCCAUAAGUAGCAGCUCCUUGAAAACGAUCAUUUUCAUACACCUCUGGUCUCACAAUAGCCAAAUCUGAUUAUUUUCUUCUGGGUACUGAACCUUUUGUUAGGAUUGCUAUUUUUGGAGUAAAAUGACCAUUGUAAAUAUCCCCAAGUUUUCCUUAAAAAUAAAAAAUGAGCCAUUUGAAUAAAAUGUGAAAACCCUUGAAUGGAAGUGGUAGAGCGUAAAAGUCAGGGUACAAAGAUGUGAUUUGUGACAUGAGUGUGUCAUAAAGAUGCACUUUGAAGCAAUAUGUGAAAAGGUUUUUCAGUGGGACAGAUUAUUUUGUGAAAGGCAUUUAUGUGAACUGUUAAACAAUGCUGCUACCUUUCUAUCUGUAAUUGUAUUUAUAGCCAGUGGCAGUGAUGUAUUUGAUCAUGUAAAUUGUGAAGCAGUCUGUUGUGUGCCACACUUCUGCUGUGUUUGUUUACUGCAGGGAUCUUUUGUCUUAUUCUAUGUAUUUAUGUUGAUCUGCUGCCCGACACAUUAACAGAUGAAUGCAAAGUAACCUGUACAGAUGUUUUUAUUCCAAUCACAGAUGCAGUAUUCAACAUGUUUUCCAUGUAAAUGUUAUGGCUUUACAAGUAAACCUAAAGUAAUUAUAA